CCGUAGUGUGAACGCGGCAGCGCUCCUAACCCACGGUCCGUUGCGCGAACAAACGAUCGCACGAAAGCAAUCAAAUAAUUGCCUACUUUAAUUUUUGUUGCAAAUUAAUCACCGAGGUGAAGGCUGUGUUUUUGUUUGAAACCUUGUUUUUGUGAGGAAUUAAUACUAGAAACCAUGGAGGCGGGAGAUUUCAAAGAUUUCGCGAAAGCGAUGACUGACUACAUCGCCGAGUACUUGGAGAACAUAAGGGACAGGCAAGUGGUGCCGUCAGUGAAGCCCGGCUACCUGCGGCCGCUGGUGCCCGAGCAAGCUCCCGAGCAGGCCGAGCCGUGGACCGCCGUCAUGGCCGACAUCGAACGCGUGGUCAUGACCGGCGUCACCCACUGGCACUCUCCGCGCUUCCACGCCUACUUCCCCACUGCCAACUCAUACCCUGCGAUUGUGGCUGACAUGCUGAGUGGCGCCAUCGCCUGCAUUGGAUUUACUUGGAUCGCAAGUCCCGCAUGCACCGAGCUGGAAGUGGUCAUGUUAGACUGGCUGGGCCAGAUGCUGGGUCUCCCGGAGGAGUUCCUGGCGCGGUCAGGCGGCGAGGGCGGCGGCGUGAUCCAGGGAACUGCUAGCGAGGCUACCCUGGUUGCCCUCCUCGGGGCCAAAUCCCGAGUCAUGACCAGACUUCGCGAGCAUCAUCCAGAGUGGUCCGACUCGGAUAUUCUUCCCAAACUUGUGGGAUAUUGCAAUAAGCAAGCUCACUCAUCAGUGGAGCGCGCCGGGCUCCUUGGUGGAGUGAAGUUGCGCUCCCUGCAGCCGGACGGCAAGCGGCGGCUCCGCGCUGACACACUCCGCGAGGCAAUCGAGGAGGAUAAGGCCAAAGGACUCAUUCCCUUCUACGUUGUGGCAACCCUCGGCACGACGUCAUCUUGCACCUUCGAUGCGUUGGACGAGAUCGGCGACGUUUGUGCGGAGGACGACAACCUGUGGCUCCACGUCGACGCCGCUUACGCCGGCUCUGCGUUCAUCUGCCCCGAAUACCGUUACCUAAUGAAGGGCAUCGAAAAGGCGGACUCCUUCAACUUCAACCCUCACAAGUGGAUGCUGGUUAACUUCGACUGCUCAGCCAUGUGGCUCAAGCAGCCGCGUUGGAUUGUCGAUGCGUUCAACGUGGACCCUCUUUACCUGAAACAUGACCAGCAGGGCUCCGCCCCCGACUACCGUCACUGGCAAAUCCCCUUAGGUCGUCGAUUCAGAGCCCUCAAGCUCUGGUUCGUUUUGAGACUGUACGGAGUUGAGAACCUUCAAAAGCACAUUAGGAAGCAUAUUGCAUUAGCUCAUCUUUUCGAAAAGCUGUGCUUGGAAGACGAUAGAUUUGAAAUAUUCGAAGAGGUGACGAUGGGCCUGGUCUGUUUCAAACUAAAGGAAAGCAAUGAGGUUAACGAGGAGCUACUGAGAACGAUUAACGGACGUGGCAGAAUCCACCUCGUGCCGUCGAAAAUCGAUGACGUGUACUUCCUGAGGCUUGCUGUUUGCUCGCGCUUCACCGAAGAGAAGGACAUUCAGGAGUCGUGGGAGGAAGUGAAGGCUUCAGCCGAUGAAGUCCUGAAGAAACUUAAUAAGUAGACAAUCAACAACACAAACGUGUAGCUAGACUAUGAGCAGUUCUGCCUCCGACUCUAGCUAGCCCCAAUGCCAAGUUUAAUGUUAUAUCAAAAGCCAGUUCUUGUAAAAUAUGCAGGAACUCUAACGAAACAUAAUUUUACCAUAACUAAUUAUUGGUUUAUCUCAAUUUUUAUUCAAUCAUAAGAUUAGAGUGGUUCACUUCAAAUCCCUACACUUACAUAAAUCAGCAAAACCAAACCUGCGUCGGAAUUGUGAAUAUUUUAAGGCAGUACUGUAGAUAUUUAUGUACGUUAUUCAUAAUUAUGUUAUUUAUUUAAUCGUAGCAAUAGUUCAAAUUAUGUUACAAGGUGCUAAUGUUAUUUUAUACACCGUGUUUCACUUAACACUAAAAACCUGAAAACCGUUCGUUCAGAAUCGAUUAACCUACAUCUUGAUGGGGGUAAUUUUUUUUUAAUUUGUAUUAUUAGUU